AUGGCAUUCUCUAAUGCUUUGGUUUUAUGCUUCUUUUUAGCAAUCAUCAACAUGCCACUUCCAUCCCUUGCAACUGUCUACACUGUUGGAGAUACUUCAGGUUGGACAAUUGGUGGUGAUUAUAGCACAUGGGCUAGUGACAAAACCUUUGCAGUUGGUGAUAGCCUCGUGUUCAACUAUGGAGCUAGUGGGCACACUGUGGAUGAAGUUAAAGAAAGUGACUACAAAUCAUGCACAUCUGGAAACUCAAUUAGUACAGACAGUAGUGGUGCCACAACCAUUCCUCUUAAGAAAGCAGGCAAACAUUACUUUAUAUGUGGUGUUCCCGGACAUUGUACCGGUGGCAUGAAACUUUCUAUUAAGGUUAAGGCCUCUUCUGGUUCUUCUGCUGCUCCUUCUGCAACACCAUCAGCAAAAGGUUCACCUUCUUCUGAUGACACCCCCGCCGCAACUACCACCACACCCUCCACCACUACUACUCCUACUAAGCAAAAUGAAUCUUCAGCUACAACUCUCUCACCGAUUGUUGCUUUGUUUUUUACUGUCUCAUGGAUCUUUAGUUAUGUUAUGGUAUGA